AUGGCUACCGUAACCGAUCCGCAAACCAUCGCACCGGACGUCGAGAUGACCGACUCUCUGGCCACCACCAGCGACUCCAAUAACCUCUCGACUGCCAAUGGCAAGCGCAAGGCCGACACCGAUGUCAGCGAGCUCGAUAACAGAACCAUCAAGAAGAACACCCCCUCUGUCAACAACGACGAGCAGCCAGCCAACCCCUCCGAGGCUGCCAUCGAUACCAACAUUAUCCCGGCCGAGAAAGCUGGGCAGACUCCGGCUUCGACCGAAACCCCUUCCACCGAAGAGGUCAAGCCUGGUCUCUCCAAGCGCGAGCUCAAGAAGUUGCGCAAACAAGCCGCCUAUGAAGCCUACGCCGAGCAGCGCAAGCAGAAGCGCAAAGAUAAGCGCCACGAGAAGCAAGCCCAGCGUCGAGAAGAGAAGGAGGAGUUGAUGGCUAAAGCUGUCGAGAAAGGACUCGACCCAAUGGCCUUCAUUCCCACCAAGAAGCCUCUCGAACCCAACUUCCUCCCCAUCUCCGUUGUCAUCGAUUGUGACUUCGAGCAAUACAUGCGCGAAGGAGAACUGAUUUCCCUGUCGAGCCAGCUCACCAGAUCGUACGCAAUGAACCGCAAGGAGAAAAACCAAGCUCAUCUGUCACUCAGCGGGUUUGGGGGCAAGCUCAAGGAAAGAUUUGAGACAAAGCUCAAGAACACCCACCUCAACUGGAAGAAUGUGAUCAUUACCGAAAACAACUUUGUCGACUGCGCCCAGCAAGCUAUCAACGAGUUUAUUCAGCCCUAUACCGCGUACAACCUUCCCGAUCACGUCGCUUCGAAGGAGACGGGCAACGUCCCUCACAUGAGUCUCGAUGAGAAGUUUGAUAACAAGUCGACCGAGGAUGUCGAGGAGGACAGUGUCCACAAGAAUAUUGUCUACCUCACUUCCGACUCGCCGUAUACCCUUGACAGACUCGAACCAGGGACCGCGUACAUCAUUGGAGGGUUGGUCGAUCGCAACAGGGAGAAGGGUCUUUGCUACAAGAGAGCGCAAGAACACAAGGUUCGCCAUGCGAAGUUGCCGAUCGGGGAUUUCAUGGCCAUGCAGAGCCGGUUUGUUUUGACGACGAACCAGGUGGUGGAGAUUAUGGGGAAGUGGCUGCAGUGUGGUGACUGGGGGCAGGCCUUUUUGGAGGUGAUCCCGAAGCGGAAGGGUGGUGUGCUGAAGGAGGGUGGUGGGAGUCAAGCUGGGGGUGAUGACGAGGGGAAUGUCAAGGAGGAGGAUACCAAGGAGGAUCAGAAGGAGGAUGAGCCGGACAAGUCGACCGACACUGAGAUCAAGCCGGCGAUGGAUUAG